AUGUGUAACGUAUUUGAUACCCCAUGGAGUUAUACAGAAGAAAGUACAUUUGGUAGUGUGUCCAAAAUGUUCAAUUGUGAGUCACAGCAAGCUAUUGCUGUCAAAUUCAUUAAACCAAAUAAAAAAUUUGAAACAGAGGGUGAAAUACCGUCUACAGCUGUUCGCGAAGUUCAUAUUCUGCAAGAAUUAAAACAUCGAAAUAUCAUAGGACUACUCAAUGUUGAUUUUAAAAAUGAUAACAUGUGUCUUUAUUUGGAAUAUAUGCCAACUGAUCUAAAACGUUAUUUGGAUGCAUUAGAAAACGGUUUCAUGACAUUGGAAUUGAUAAGAGUUUGUAUAUAUAUAAAGCACACAGCAACGGAAUAUAUGCAUAGUUGUCGAAUUCUUCAUCGUGAUAUGAAACCACACAAUAUUUUAAUUGAUUAUGAAGGUGCUUUGAAAUUAGCUGAUUUCGGUUUGGCACGCUACUAUCAUACAAGAGAAAGAAUUUUAACGCAUGAAGUUGUUACGCUCUGGUAUCGAGCUCCUGAAGUUCUGUUAAAUGCCCCAACUUACGGUAUGGCUAUUGAUGUUUGGUCAUUCGGUUGUAUAUUCGCUGAAAUGUGCAUUAAACAAGCAUUAUUUCGUGGCGAAAGUGAAAUUGAACAACUCUACAAAAUAUUUCAAUUAUUAGGUACACCAACUGCUGAACAAUGGCCAGAAUUGCCGGAAUGUUUAUAUUAUCAAACACUUUUUCCAAAUUGGACGGAUGAUAUAUUAGGAGAUGAAAUGUUGAAGUUACAUAUGACCACUGAACAAAUUCAUUUUUUAAAAGCAAUAUUAAUUUAUUGUCCAAAACGUCGUCCAAUGGCUCAUCAGUUACUCACACAUCCCUAUUUUAUUUAUCCUCCGUGUACUGAAAAACAAAUAAAACCGAUUGCUACUGUUAUUGAUCGAGCAAUCAAAGAACAAAAACGAAAAAUGUCAAAUGGUUGA